AUGUAUCGACCAGUAGGAUCUGGCACCCGAAGCAGAGAUUUGAAGCCAUGGAUGAUCGGCCUUCUCGUCGUCCUAUCACUGACGGUGGUGGCAGUGACCAUUGGACUUCUUGUUCACUUCUUAGUCCCUCGUCAGAAAACAGAAUACUAUCGUGGCACCUUUAAAAUUUCAGAUCUACGAGUCAAUAGCAAUUCUGGACAAAGCAGCACAUAUCAAUUUAAGGACUUAAAGGAGAUGAGCGAGUAUUUGGUGGAUGAAAUAUUUAUAGAUUCAGCAUUGAACAAGCACUAUAUCAAGAACCAAGUAGUGAGACUGACUCCAGAGGAAGAUGGUGUAAGAGCAGAUAUAAUUAUGGCGUUCCAGUUCCCCUCUACUGGGCAAAGGGCAGCAAGAGAGAAGAAAAUCCAUACCAUCUUAAAUCAGAAAAUAAGGAGUACAAGAGCCUUGUCUAUAAAUGCUUCAUCAGUCCAAGUUAAUGCAUUGAGCUCAUCCACAGGAAAGCUAACUAUCCAAGCAUGUUGUGGUAAACGAGUUGUUCCACUAAUAGUCAACAGAAUAAUGUCUGGAGUCAUCGCAGCCAAGGCUGCCUGGCCUUGGCAAGCUUCCCUUCAGCGUGAUAAUGUCCAUCAGUGUGGGGGCACCUUGAUUAGUAACACGUGGCUGGUCACUGCAGCGCACUGUUUUAAAAAAAGUGCAAAUCCACGUGAAUGGACUGUUAGUUUUGGGAACAAAAUCAACCCUCCCUUAAUGAAAAGAAAUAUCAAAAGAAUCAUUGUCCACGAGAAAUAUCACUCCCCAGCAAGAGAGUACGACAUUGCUGUCGUGCAGUUUUCUCCCAGAGUCACCUUUUCAGAUGACAUACGCCGAAUUUGUUUGCCAGAAGCUUCUGCAUCCUUCCAAUCGAAUGCAACUGUCUACAUCACAGGAUUUGGAGCACUUUUCUAUGGUGGUGAAUCACAAAAUGAUCUUCGAGAAGCCAGACUGAAAAUGAUAAGUAAUGAAGUGUGCAAGCAACCGCAGGUGUAUGGCAAUGACAUAAAAUUUGGAAUGUUUUGUGCUGGAUAUCUGGAAGGAAUUUAUGAUGCCUGCAGGGGUGACUCUGGGGGACCUUUGGUUGCAAAAGACCUUAAAGAUACCUGGUAUCUCAUUGGGAUUGUGAGCUGGGGAGAUAACUGUGGUCAAAGGAAUAAACCUGGAGUCUACACAGAUGUGAUUUAUUACCGAAACUGGAUUGCAUCAAAAACAGGCCUCUAA